UUUGUUUUUCUCACAACAUAAAAUACAUUUCUUGAUUCUCACUCUCUUCAGCUCUCUGUCUCAGCGUCUGAGGUUUCACUCUCUUUCUUUUCAGUGCUCUUUCUUUUAGCUUUAGGGGUUUGAUUUAGGGUUUUGGGCUAGAACCCACCAAUUCGAAGGGCAGUGGGAGUGAGAAUCUGUGAUCCUGUAAUACCUUAUGCAAGUGUUGAACUUUUGCUUGUCAAGCUGGUUUAGGUGGAUCAGAAAACAACUUUAACAAUGAAUUGAUUGUUACUGAUGGUCGCGUGCUUUGUUUUUGCUACUUAUACAUGUCUGUUGAGCUCCUUCAAAAUGAUUAAUUGAAGCUCUCUCUCUCUCUCUCUCUCUCUCUCGCACUCACAUACAAGCAGAAGUGUGCAUGCUUGAGCACAAAUACACAGAGAGUACUUUUUAAGGUUUUCUGUAAAAGAGAUGGAGGAAAAUGUCUCUUCAACCAUUUUAGAUGGGGAGAUUGUUGGGAUCAGAUUUGCUUUAGCUACUCGUCAUGAAAUUUGUACGGCAUCCAUCAGUGAGUGCCCCAUUACCCAUGUAACUCAACUUGCAAAUCCCUUUCUCGGCCUGCCCCUUGAAUUUGGUAAAUGUGAAUCUUGUGGAACUUCUGAACAAGGGAAAUGUGAAGGACAUUUCGGAUAUAUUGAAUUACCAAUUCCAAUAUAUCAUCCCAGCCAUGUUAGCGAUUUAAAAAAGAUGUUGAGCUUAUUGUGCUUGAAGUGCUUGAAAUUGAAAACUAACAAGUUUCCAGUCAAGACUGACGGUUUAGCGGAAAGAUUGCUAUCUUCAUGUUGUGAGGACACUCCACAAGUUUCUAUUAAAGAGGUUAAAUCAACAGAUGGAGCUUCUUUCUUGGAACUGAGGUUGCCACAAAAGGCAAGACUGAAAGAUGGUUUCUGGAAUUUUUUGGAAAGAUAUGGUUUUCGCCACGGUGAUGACUUUCAUCGACCUUUGCUUCCUUGCGAGGUCAUGGAAAUGCUGAAAAGAAUUCCUGAACAGACUAGAAAAAAACUUUCUAGGAAAGGGUAUUUCCCUCAAGAUGGAUAUAUCCUGCAGUACUUACCUGUCCCCCCAAACUGCUUGUCUGUGCCAGAAAUUUCUGAUGGUGUUACUGUCAUGUCUUCAGACCCUUCUUCAUCAAUGCUCAAGAAAAUUCUCAGACAGGUUGAGAUCAUCAGGAGUUCAAGAUCUGGGACACCGAAUUUUGAAUCUCAUGAAGUUGAAGCCAAUGAUUUGCAAUCAACAGUUAAUCAGUAUCUGCAAAUUAGGGGUACUGCAAAAGCAUCUCGUGAUAUUGAUUCACGAUUUGGAGUUAGCAAAGAGCCCAACAAUUCUUCAACAAAAGCGUGGCUUGAAAAAAUUAGAAUGUUGUUCAUUAGAAAGGGUUCAGGCUUCUCCUCCCGAAGUGUGAUAACUGGGGAUGCUUAUCAAAAAGUCAGUGAGAUUGGCAUCCCACUCGAGAUUGCACAGAGGAUUACCUUCGAGGAGAAGGUUAACGAGCACAACAUUAAGUAUCUACAAGAGCUGGUAGAUAAGAAGUUGUGCCUUACAUAUGGAGAUGGCUCAUCAAGGUAUUCACUGAGGGAGGGUUCCAAGGGGCAUACGUUUCUCCGACCGGGUCAAGUAAUACAUCGGCGGAUUAUGGAUGGGGAUAUUGUUUUUAUUAAUAGGCCACCAACAACCCACAAGCAUUCCUUGCAAGCACUUGCCGUGUAUGUUCAUGAUGAUCACACCGUGAAGAUAAACCCACUCAUUUGUGGGCCCUUAAGUGCUGAUUUUGAUGGUGACUGCAUUCAUUUAUUCUAUCCUCAGUCUCUUGCUGCAAAAGCUGAAGUUUUGGAACUUUUCUCUGUGGAUAAACAAUUGCUUAGCUCUCACAGUGGCAAACUGAACUUGCAACUGGCCACUGACUCAUUGUUGUCACUGAAGACAAUGUUCAAGACAUAUUUCUUAGAGAGAACAGCAGCUCAGCAGUUGGCCAUGUUUGCUUCAUCUCCUUUGCCACAACCUGCUUUGUUGAAGGCUCAUUCUGCUGCCCCUUUUUGGACUACUUUGCAGAUGUUACAGACGGCUUUGCCGUCUCACUUUGACUGCUGUGGGGAGAAACACUUGAUUCAUCAAAGUGACAUGUUGGAAAUUGACUUCAAUAGGGAUGUUGUAUCAUCUGUGGUUAAUGAUAUUGUGACCUCUAUUUUCUUUGAGAAGGGUCCUGAAGAGGUUCUAAUUUUUUUUAAUUCUCUACAGCCUUUGUUGAUGGAACACAUAUUUACAGAAGGUUUCAGUGUCAGCUUAGAGGAUUUUUCCAUAUCCAGUGAGGUCAUACAAAACAUUCGGAAGAAUUUUCAGGUUAUUUCUCCUUUGCUGUAUCACCUAAGGUCAACAUACAAUGAGCUGGUGCAGUUGCAAUUAGAGAAUCACAUCAAACUUGUGAAGGUGCCAGUUACAAAUUUUAUUCUAAACUCGUCUGCAUUGGGUGAUUUAGUCGACUCCAAAAGUGAUUCAGCUAUUAACAAAGUAGUUCAACAAAUUGGCUUUCUGGGCCUGCAGCUUUUUGAUAAGGGAAAGUUCUACUCUAAGACAUUGGUUGAAGAUGUGGCCUAUCUUUUUCAUAGUAAAUAUUCUUCUGAGGGAGUUGAUUACCCUUCCGCAGAAUAUGGAUUAAUCCAAAGCUGUUUUUUUCAUGGGUUAGAUCCAUAUGAGGAGCUGGUUCAUUCAAUAUCUACGAGAGAAGUAAUUGUUCGCUCAUCGAGAGGAUUGUCUGAACCUGGUACUUUAUUUAAAAACUUAAUGGCCAUCCUUCGAGAUAUUGUUAUUUGUUAUGAUGGCACAGUGAGGAACGUUAACAGCAACUCCAUAAUCCAAUUUGAGUAUGGGGUAAAUUCUGGAAGUAAAGCCCAUAAUAUUUUGCCUGCUGGUGAACCUGUUGGCGUCUUAGCCGCAACAGCAAUGUCAAAUCCUGCAUAUAAGGCAGUUCUUGAUUCUACUCCAAGCAGCAAUUCCUCAUGGGAGCUGAUGAAGGAAAUAUUGCUUUGCAAGGUCAAUUUCAAGAAUGAACUUAUUGACCGGCGUGUGAUAUUAUUUUUGAACGAAUGUGAUUGUGGGAGAAAAUAUUGCCGAGAAAAAGCAGCAUAUUUAGUGAAGAAUCAAUUGAAGAAAGUCAGCCUUAAAGAUACUGCUGUUGAGUUUCUAAUUGAAUAUAAAGAACAACAAACUGUGUCAGAAAGUUCUGAAAUUGAUGCAGGCCUGGUUGGUCAUGUUCAUCUAAACGAGAUACUAUUGAAAGAGAUGAACACUAGUAUGCAUGAGGUUCUUCAUAAGUGCCAAGAGACUGUUAAUUCUUUCCGGAAGAAGAAGAAACUUGGUCAUGUUUUUAAAAGAAUGGUUUUGUCUGUCAGUGAAUGUUGCUCUUUCCAGCAAUCUUGUCAACAGAAAAGCUCUGGUAUGCCAUGCUUGAUGUUCUUUUGGCAAGAUGCAAGUGAUAGUCAUUUGGAGAAAACAUCACAUAUCCUUUCUGACAUUAUUUGCCCAGUUCUUCUUGAAACAAUCGUUAAAGGUGAUCCUCGGAUUUGCUUGGCAAACAUAAUAUGGGUUAAUCCGGAUACGACAACUUGGAUAAGAAACCCUUGCGAGUCUCGGAACGGUGAAUUGGCUCUGGACAUUGUUCUGGAGAAAUCUGUUGUGAAGCAAAGUGGCGAUGCUUGGAGGAUUGUCUUAGACUCUUGUCUUCCUGUACUUCAUUUAAUUGACACCAGACGUUCCAUACCAUAUGCAAUUAAGCAACUUCAGGAAAUGCUAGGGGUUUCUUGUGCUUUUGAUCAAGCAGUUCAGCGCCUGGAAAAAUCAGUGACUAUGGUAGCCAAAGGUGUUCUCAAAGAGCAUCUCAUUCUCUUGGCAAAUAGUAUGACGUGUGCUGGAAAUUUGGUUGGCUUCAAUUCUGGUGGUUAUAAAGCAUUGACGCGUUCAUAUAAUGUCGAAGCACCAUUUACGGAAGCAACACUUUCUACACCAAGAAAAUGUUUUGAGAGAGCUGCUGAAAAGCGUCAUAUGGAUUCACUGUCCAGCAUAGUUGCAUCUUGUUCCUGGGGUAGACAUGUGGCAGUGGGUACAGGAUCUAGAUUUGAUAUCCUCUUGGACACAAAGCAGGUAGGAUUGAAUCAAGAAGGCGGAAUAGAUGUUUAUAACUUUCUCCAUAUGAUGAACAGUACUGCAAAUGGAGAAGAAUCAAAUACUGCCUGUCUUGGGGCAGAAAUUGACGAUAUAAUGCUGGAAGAUGAAUAUGAAGAUUGGGCCCCCUCCCCAGAGCAUAACUCAAGUUCUGAUAAGCCAUUCUUUGAAGACAGUGCUGAAUUUGAAAGCAGUUUAGAUAAUCGGCCAGGCGAAUCAACUUUGGAUGCUGAUGCUUCGAAUCCUUGGGGGGGAAAGGCUGGAGACAUUGAUCCUGCGAACCCUUGGGAAAAGGCUGGAGGCGUUGAUGCUGCAAACCCGUGGGGAAAAAAGGCUGGAGAAAAUACUUCAUCUGGUUGGGGAGCCCAUAAUGCUGAAGCAGGCAAUGUCUCCACCAAAGCCCCAGAGGAUUCUUCAAGGUCUAGUGGUUGGGGUGCAGCAACCAAAAAUGUUUCUUCUGGUUGGGGAACAGGUGGAGAAGAAUUACAAGAUUCUUUUGUCUCUACAAAAGCACAAGAGAAGUCUUCCAGAUCCCCAACCUGGGAUGCUGCAAGUCCUUGGCAGAAAAAGGCUGGAGAUGUCGCUGAAAAUACUUCAUAUGGUUGGGGAACCCAUAAUGCUGAAUCAGGCAAUGUCUCCACCAAAGCCCCAGAGGAUUCUUCCAGGUCUAGUGGUUGGGGUGCAGCAACCAAAAAUGUUUCUUCUGGUUGGGGAACAGGUGGAGAAGAAUUACGAGAUUCUUUUGUCUCUACAAAAGCACAAGAGAACUCUUCCAGAUCCCCAACCUGGGAUGCUGCAAGUCCUUGGCAGAAAAAGGCUGGAGAUGUUGCUAAAUCUGGAUCUUGCAGAUAUGAUGGAAAGCCUGUGCUUGAACAAACAACAGAGACUUGUGAUUCGGAUAAGAAGGUUACUCAGGAGACAGUUCAAUCAACAUCUGGUUGGGUUUCUUCAACCAUAGAAGACUGGACUAGGAACGAAACUCCUUCCCCGUCUCUGGAACAUGCUGAGUCACCUGCCAUCAAUCAUUCACAGGGGCAGCGGAAGUCACCAGAAUCUUCUCAAGGUUGGGGUGCUUCGAAUGAGACAAAUCAACCAGCAAGUUUGCAUGGUUGGGAUUCGCCAAAUGCUGGUGACAGUGAAAGAGAUAGACAUCAUCAGUGGGGAAGGCAGAGUGCAGAACCAUCCAAGAAAAAUUUCUUUGAAGGCUCAAGGGGUUGGGGUUCAAAUGAUGGAGAAAGGAAAUCUAUUCGCCCUGCAAAAUCACCGGGAAGGACACAUGCUGAUUCUAGUGCAGGUGGAAUAUAUACUGCAACUAGACAACGAUUAGAUAUGUUCACUUCUGAGGAACAAGAUGUUCUCUUGGAUGUUGAACAGAUUAUGCAAUCUAUUAGAAGAAUAAUGCAUCAGCCUGGGUACAAUGAUGGGGAUCCACUGCCAGCUGAAGAUCAAUCCUAUGUACUUGAUAAUGUUUUUAACUAUCAUCCAGAUAAAGCAGUGAAAAUGGGUGUUGGAACUGAUCAUUUCAUGGUUAGCAGGCAUAGCAGUUUCCAGGAAAGUCGGUGCUUCUAUGUUGUCUCGACUGAUGGUCGAAAAGAAGACUUUUCCUAUCGAAAAUGCAUGGAGAACUACAUCAAGGGGAAGUAUCCAGACAUUGCUGAAGCAUUCAUUGCCAAGUAUUUUUUUAGAAAACCCCGUUCUGGAGGGAACCGGGAGAGAACCCCCAAUCCAGAGGGAUGGAACCGGGAGGGAUGGAACCGGGAAAGAACCCCCAAUCCAGAGGGAUGGAACAGGGAGAAAACCCCCAAUCCAGAGGGAUGGAACAGGGAGAAAACCCCCAAUCCAGAAGGAUGGAACCAAGAGAAAACCCCCAACCCAGAGGGAUGGAACAUGGAGAAAACCCCCAAUCCAGAGGGAUGGAACCGGGAGAAAACCCCCAAUCCAGAGGGAUGGAACCAAGAGAAAACCUCUAAUCCAGGGGGAUGGAAUCAGGAGAAAACCCCCAAUCUAGAUGGAUGGAACCGGGAGAAAACCCCCAAUCCAGAGUGAUCUGGGAAAGAGCAUAGGCAGUAAGGCUGCAGAUGGGGCCGUGGUUUUGUUAAAUGUAAAUCCUUUAGCUUGCUCCCUUGAUGUAAUUAGAUAGAAACAUUUGUAUCAUCUGUUUGUUUUUUUUUUUGUUGUUGGUAUAUAUGCAGGGCAGAUGUUAAGGAUACUUUUCAGCUCCUCCCCACAAAAUCACCGAACCCCCUUCCAUGUGAACUGCUAAUUUUUUCAAAUAUCAGCAGUUCUUAUUUAUCCCGUACAUAGCUUUAUCUUGUAGAAUUCAACUUAUACAGUGGAGAGGGAAAUUCACAUGCUGUUUAUUGUU